GUAUGCUCUCUAUGCUAUGUAUUUGAGCCUAAGGUGGCGGCUUCAUUAGCUUCACAUCUCCAAAAAUGGGCAGAGGAGCUGCCUCUAGCUCUUCAUCAUCUUUCGAAAGCAGCCGCUACCCAUCUGUCUCCGGCGAGUCUUCUUUCCCUCAUGUAAAGAGGGACCUUAGCACAGAUCUAAGGCUUGGACUUGGCAUAUCAACCUCUCGACAGGACAACCCUUCCACACCAAGUGAGCAGCUAUUGGAUUGGCCACCGAUCAAGCCGUCUCCGGGGAAGGCAGUAACAUCAGAAGAAAAUGAGUGCUGUAGUUCCACCUUAUUCGUCAAGGUGUACAUGGAAGGCAUUCAAAUUGGAAGGAAACUGAACCUAUUAGCCCACGAUGGUUACCAUGACUUGAUACAGACUCUCGACGAAAUGUUCAACACUAGCAUUCUCUGGCCUGAAAUGGAUGUUGAACAUUCCGGGAAAUGCCAUGUGCUGACAUAUGAAGACAAAGAGGGCGAUUGGUUGAUUGUUGGGGAUGUUCCAUGGGAGGUGUUCUUACCUUCUGUGCGGAGAUUGAAGAUCACCAGGGCAGACAGCCUAUGAUUUUGGUUCAUGAUUCAUAUGCAGUCUCCUCUUCUCCCUAGACAUGCACUUGUAUAUGGUGAAUCGAAAAUAACUAGGUAGUGGACAGCUAGGUAACUCCAAAUGAAUAUGUUGAGGAUGAUAGAACAAAAGCUGGUCUUUUGUUGUAAAUUAAGGAUUUUCAGAGUGUAUCAUAUUCUUUGUCAAUUGAUAUGAUACCACUUGCUACUUGCUAUUAUAAAAUUCUUUUUUGAGAAAGUA